AUGGAAAAGAAGAAUAACUUGUGUAUGCACACCAUUGCAAUAACUUUUGCUCUGGUGGUUGCUGUUUUGUCUUUUGUAUGCUCAAUUGUAGUAUACUACGAAACACAAAAACAAGAUAGUGGGCCAGUCGAACUGGACGCUAAAGUAGUCCAAUUGAAUGAUGAACUGCACCAAGUGAAAUACGAUCUCGUUCAAGUAACUGAUGAGCUUAUUCAGGUCAAACAUGAACUUGGCAAAGUCAAAGAUGAGUUGCUUCAACAACAAAACGAAUCUCGUAAUGAAGUUCUUGACCUUCAUGUCGAAUGUCUGAAAGUAAAGAAUGAACAAAAAGAGGCGCAGUUACGUAUUGGUGAACUGGAAACACAAAUACAGUAUUUGACGGGCACCAAAGAUCAGAAUGAUGAAAAAACGUAUUUUAACACAACAUUGAACAGAAUAAAACGACAAACGACAGCAGCAGUUGCAGGCUGCAAUUGCAAUGGUCGUGAUGGUAGAGAUGGAUUAGUUGGACCACAAGGGCCACCCGGCCCAGAAGGCAAACCAGGUCCCCAAGGUACCCCGGGGGCACAAGGUACACCUGGAGUGCAGGGAGCAGCUGGCAGAGAUGGUAGGGAUGUUGUAAUUGGACAGGGCUUAUCCAUUAGUGAUAUGAGUAACUUACUUGAACAGCUACAUAUUGCUGCACCAUGCAGAAACAAAUCCACUGGUGCGCAGGGUCCCCCUGGUCCCCGAGGCCCACGAGGUCUAGCAGGUGGCGCUGUUUAUACAAGAUGGGGGAGAACAACAUGCCCCAGUGGUGUUGAGAAAGUGUAUUCGGGUAUCAUCGGAAAUUCACAUUAUACCAACACGGGAUCAGGAGGUAACUAUCUGUGUCUACCCAUGGAACCUGAGUGGGGAUACACUAUGGCUGGUACACAAUCAGGCACUUAUAUCUAUGGAGUAGAGUAUGAGGUUCAGUAUGCAAACAAUCCGUUUCUUACUGACAACUUUCCCGACCCUACACAACCGGCUAGUUGGCUCCAUGAACAAGAUGCAGUAUGUGCUGUUUGUAGAGUUCCCGAGAGGAGCAGCCAUUUUAUGCUACCUGCAAUGAAAACAUGCCCCGAUUCUUGGAUUAAGGAAUACAAUGGAUACUUAAUGAGUAUGCAUAACAAUUUCCAUAAAACAGAGUUUAUAUGUGUAGACGAAUCUCCCGAAGCUGAUGAGGGAGGUCAUGAAAACAAGAAUGGGGGUCUUCUGUAUGUGAGAGACCUUACAGAAUACUUUAUAGAGGGACAUUAUACAGAAUACCUUAUAGAGAGACUUUAUACCGAAUACCUUAUAGAGAGACAUUAUACAGAAUACCUUAUAGAGAGACUUUAUACAGAAUACCUUAUAGAGAGACAUUAUCCAGACUACCUUAUAGAGAGACAUUAUACAGAAUACUUUGUAGAGAGAUAUUAUACAGAAUACCCUAUAGAGAGACAUUAUACAGAAUACCAUAUAGAGAGACAUUAUACAGAAUACCUUAUAGAGAAUCCUUAUACAGAAUACCUUAUAGAGAGAGCUUAUACAGAAUACUUUUUAGAGAGACAUUAUACAGAAUACCCUAUAGAGAGACAUUAUACAGAAUACCCUAUAGAGAGACAUUAUACAGAAUACCUUAUAGAGAAUCCUUAUACAGAAUACCUUAUAGAGAGACAUUAUACAGAAUACCUUAUAGAGAGACCUUUUACAGUAUACUUGAAAGAGAGACAUUAUACAGAAUACCUUAUAGAGAGACAUUAUACAGAAUACUUUAUAGAGAGACAUUAUACAGAAUGCCUUAUAGAGAAACCUUAUACAGAUACAACAGUGGGUCUAAUUGGACAGGGGUUAUCCAUUAGCGAUAUGAGUAACUUACUUGAACAGCUACAUAUUGCUGCACCAUACAGUAACAAAUCCACUGGUGCGCAGGGUCCCCCUGGGCCCCCAGUCCCAAGAGGUCUAGCAGGUGGCGCUGUUUAUACAAGAUGGGGGAGAACAACAUGCCCAAGUGGUGUUGAGAAAGUGUAUUCAGGUGUGUAA